GCAAGGAGACGAAGUAUCCGUUCAUUAUGAUCCCAUGAUUGCGAAACUGGUAGUCUGGGGCAAAGAUAGAUCAGAAGCACUUUCGAAAUUGGAAACUAGACUUCUGGAAUACAAUAUUGCUGGACUAGAAACGAACGUCAAUUUUCUGCUGGACUUAACGAGACAUCCGGAAUUUGCAGCUGGAAAUGUCCACACUAACUUCAUCAAGGAUCAUCACGACUCACUCUUUGGGGAAGAGUACCCAAGAAAAAGCCAGUUAGUUCAGGCUAGUUUAGCAAUUGUUUUGAAAGAUUUGUUAGAAGAAACCCAAGAUUCCAUCGAUCGAAAAGAUCAAGCAAAUCCUUUUUGCGUGGAAGCCAAUUUCAGAGUCAAUCACAACCAUUCAAGAAAUAUUAAACUGAAGUUCGGUGAAAAAGAAUUCUCAACCAAAGUGGAGUUCGUCAACGGUGAACAGUACAGAAUAUCAUGUGAUGGGGGAGACACAUGGCAAUCAGUGAAAGGCAGUAUAACCAACCAAAAUAACAGAUCAAUUCUGAAUUGUUCUAUAGAAGGAAACAAAAUUAGAUGCAACGUUUUUCAGAACGAAGAAACAUUGGUUAUUUUCGAUCAGCACGGCAAAUCACAGUUUAUGUUACCCCAACCGAAAUUCAUAACCGAUCAAGAAGACACUUCGUCAGGAUCGUUGAACAGAGCAGUGGCUCCCAUGCCCGGAGUGCUAGAUAGGAUCCUUGUCAAAGUUGGCGACGCAGUGAAAAAAGGCGACUCUCUAUUUGUUUUAAUUGCCAUGAAAAUGGAACAUGUUGUAAAGGCAUCAAGAGAUGCCGAAAUUACGAAUGUUAAUUUUAGAGUUGGCGACAAUGUUUCCAAAGAUGCUGUUAUUGUUCAGUACGAUGAACUAGAGACAUCAUCGUGAAAAGUUCAUACUCUUUAUUUUGUUUUUUCAAAUAAAUAAAUAUGGUGCUGAUGUUA